UUUCGCCAUUUUCCUCUUCUACACCGGUGCUCCUGCUGGCAGCUACGUUUUCGCCCCCCUUCUCCGCGUUUUAACCUGUCCAGAGCUGACGGUGUGAAAAGGGGAAAACCUGAGAAAAAAGAAGAUAGUCUGCCUUGUAGCUGUAUCGCCCCGAGAAAAGUGGGAGAAUGGAGAACCCCGAGUACUCGCCUUUCUUCGCUGUGAUGGGAGCCUCUGCGGCCAUGGUCUUCAGCGCAUUAGGAGCAGCAUAUGGGACAGCGAAGAGCGGCACAGGCAUCGCUGCCAUGUCUGUGAUGCGGCCAGAGCUCAUCAUGAAGUCCAUCAUCCCCGUGGUCAUGGCUGGUAUCAUCGCCAUCUACGGGCUGGUGGUGGCUGUGCUGAUAGCAAACAACAUCUCUGAGAACGUCUCCCUUUACAAGAGCUUUCUGCAUCUUGGUGCCGGUCUGAGCGUAGGCCUGAGCGGUCUGGCGGCCGGGUUCGCCAUCGGCAUCGUGGGCGACGCCGGCGUGCGAGGCACCGCCCAGCAGCCUCGGCUUUUCGUGGGCAUGAUCCUUAUCUUGAUCUUCGCCGAGGUGCUGGGGCUUUACGGGCUCAUCGUGGCCCUCAUCCUAUCUACAAAAUAAUAAGUGUGCGCAUCAAACACCAUCUCAUUCAUUCCACAUCAAAGCAGCAAGAACAAAUAGGAGAUUUUCACCUACUUCCAUUACACCCCGUGGGUCUGACAGGAUGGGAUGGCAACAGAAACAUGUUGGCAGUCUUUGACAGCCGCGUCCUCAGUAGAUGUGAUCUAUCGAUAUUGUUUAAAGCCAUCCAGUUGUGUCAGGUCUUGUGAGUACUGAACGGGCAUGAAGAUGUAUUGGUUGUUGUGGGAUGAUGUGUGGACAGUCUGCUUGAUUUGUUGUCUGAUCUUAACCUGUACAGUGAUCCAGAGUCCCUCCACCCCCUGUAAAUGUAGUAACCAGUCUGUGCUGUGAGUGUGAGUAUCAACGUUUAUCCCUCUGCCCACUCCCCUCCUUGAGUUUUGUUUUAUGUUGGUGGUUUUGAUUGUCAUUCUCUGUUUGAGACUGCUGAAAAAUCAUGCACACUAGUAUUUUAUUUUUUCAUGUUCUGUUCGGGGACCAUUUUUUUGAAUCGCAGCGGUGAGGAGCUGUCAAUACAUAUUUUUUUUCACUAUUUAUGGAAAGUUAUGAAGAUUUUGACUUAAUGAAACUGUCUAAAUGGAAUAAUGUUUAUUGAAUACCCUAUAUACAUAAAAAUAUAUAAAUUAUCUGUGUAUAGUUAGAUUAAUUGCACUGUGGGUAAUUGUUCUAAGUGCUUGGAAUUCCUCUGGAUGUAGUGUGAUUAUUAAUGGAGGAUGUCCACAUGUUGACAUGGAUUGACAGUGUGUGUGUGCGUGUGUGUGUGUGUGUGUGUGUGAAUGACCUGAGUGCAUAAUGUGUGUGCAAGUCUUUAUGUUUAAUAUGACAUUCUCAAACACUAGUAUCGUUUACCUGUAGUGCUGCUGUCUUGAUUUUUUUGUUUGUUUUAUUGAAGGUGAGAGCUCACUGUUCAGCCAUGCCUGUCAGAUUUCCAAAUAAAACUCAACUUCCUCCAGAA